CCAUUGCGGUUGUCAAAGUUCUGCCGUUGCUGUAGCUGACGCUGACGCCGUCGCUGUUUUCUUAAAAAUCAAUCGUUGUGAACCCAAUUCCGUUUAUUUGUUACAAUUUUCAGUUAACAACACAGAAACUAGUCUCAAAUCUUAUCUAGAUUUAAAUUUAUUUAUUUUACCAAUUUGUAACAUGCUGCUCGGUGUUUUGCUAUCAAUUUUGUUAUCGCUUUGAUUACUACAAUGACUGCAUUUUCUAAAACAAUUGGAGCAGCUGAAGCUGACAAGGAGAGGUUAUAUGAUUUGCCUAGUUGCAAUUGCUUUAACAAGGGAAUCGGAAGUCCAUUUUUAUUAGGAAACUGUUGCAAUAAGUCGGGCGCUGCUUUAUUAUCAACACGACCAGUUGCCUUCCACGUUCCAGAGAAACGAAGUUUUGUUGGCAUGUUACUUGCAUUUCAGGAUCGAUUAAGGAUUCCAUGGCGGGGCGGUGCCAAACAAUUCUCAUUUGAUGUUAUAUUGCCCAUAUUCGUUUUGCCCAUAUUGAUCGGCAUAGCGGCUAUUAAUGCUUAUACAGCUACUGUGAUAUUCGUGUCGGGAACCGUUUUCAUUACCUAUGCUUACCUGCAAGUCAAACGCGCACUGGUGCGCACGCGUUUCUUCUGCUUGUGGAUAUUAUGGUCCAUUUUAUAUAUGCUAAUUCUUUUCGAAUUCACGGUGCCUUUGUUUGAGUUGCUGCCGGAAGAAAAUAUUAUUUUAAUGAUGCUUGUGUUUGGAGCUUUCUUCUGUUUACUACGCACUAAGCAGCGAGCUGUUUUAAAUGUAAUUGUUUAUGAUAAGAGUUCCGUAAACAAAACUGAUCUGCCAAAUAUAAUUGAGGAUUCUCCUGAUGAGGAAGUCGAUGCACCGUCGCAAACUACAUUACUGCUUGAACAGGAUUAUCAUGACGGCGAUGUUAUGGGCGAACGUCCAUUAACGUCUAAAAUGAAUGCAUGUCCCACUUGCCGCAAAUAUACAUCUUUCAAAGCUGGACAUUGUACUGUAUGCACGGCAUGUAUUAUGCGACAUGAUCAUCACAGCUAUUGGCUUGACUGCUGCAUAGGAAUGUCAAAUCAUCUUUACUAUUUAAUAGGACUACUUUUGGCAGAACUUGCUUUACUUCUUGGUGCUUAUUUAACUCUUACAGCUGUGUGCCAUCCCUUCUUAUUGCUUCGAGUGGUAAAUGUACCGAUUAUGCUACCAGACGAUUGUACAGAUGUUUUCGAUGAGUACGAGCUCGGCGUAUCUUUUGUGGUUGCAGUUUAUGCAGUAAUAAUUGCGGCUUACGUAUUGAUGGCGUUGGUUCGACAAAUAUAUAGAAUAUCGCGUGGACAACCCGAAGAACAAAAUACUUGCUUCUAUAACUGGAGAGCGUUUUUAUUUUGAAUGGACAACAUUAGCAUACAAAAUUGUGGAAGUGGUAGUUCAAGUCUGUGUAUAUAUAUUUGUAAAUUGCGCUGGUAAAGUUUGAUAGCGGCAAUUAAGGUAUGCAAUGCAUUACAGUUGCUCACUGUCGCAUAUUUAGGACAAAAUCUGUUCAAACAUAUGUUGAUUGCAGUUUCGGAGUGUCAAUAUAAGAGAGCCAAAGUAGCGGAAAGACUCAAAAACCAACGAAAUAUGUGGUUUGGAUAUAGAAGAUUUGAUGCAGUGCAGAAUAGAUUUUUUUUUUUCAAUUCAAUUACUUACUGAAUUAUUAGUAAUCGUUCCGUUGUAUUAUAGUGACUAGUAGGCAAAAAUUUAAUCACGAGUGUUGUGAGCGAAUACAAUGUUAUUCUAGCCAAUCCAAUGCAGCAAAAUUUUUAUAUGCAAUCGUAGUAUAAAAUUUAUUUUUGUAUUUAUGUAAUAUAGUAUCGCUUAUGAUAUAUACUAAAAUAGUUGAAGGAUAUUUAACACUCAAUGGUAUCACUCCAAGUAUUAAUUUUCAGUAUUAAACUUAAGUCAAAUCAAUCGGGAUUUGAGAUUUGGUUCUCAAUGCUUUCCCAGAUCUUAAGUUCAAAAGACGGGGGAAUGUAUUAAGAUUGUAUAGUAUCAUUGUUAAGACCCUUACUCUAUGCCACAGCAUUUGUUUUAGUAGUGUAUGGUCUUGCCGAAAUUGCUUUGAAGAGCUUGACUCAAAAUGCUGCAUUAAGAUUUUACACAGCAUCAUCACCCAGACUCCUAACUUCUAAUAUUUCAUUCACAAUUCAGAUUAUAGAAAGAAAACUAAUUCAUUAUUAAAAAAUUGCAAAUAGUCAAAGUACAUAUAGUGUGCAAAGUAGUAACCUAAUAGGACCUUUAUAGUUACUUAUUACAUUUAACAAAAUUACAGUUACUUCUACAUAAAUUAAAUUAAAUUACAAUACAUAAAUGUACUUACAAUAAAACUUCAACUAAUAAACACACUAUUAUGAUGAAACUUAGCAAAAUGUUUAAAUUACUGCAGUAUGGUUAGAUCAAAUUCUGCAUAACUAGUCCGGAUAUAGAUAUGUGUGCAACAAAUGCCUUUCUAUGUUGAGGUAAACACGAAUUUUCAGUUAUUUCUCCUUCAAUCACCUUCCUAAUAUAAUCAUCAUCCAUCAAGUUGCUUGCCUUUCUAAUUCAUCCCACCUCACGUGUUUGUCUUUUAAUCCAUUUAUGUUCCUGAUUUUGGGAUGCCUAAAUAGCUUAGAUUAAAAACAAAUUCUAAUAUUGCUUUUGUAGCUCUAAGUAUAUUUAUCUCAAUGGCUUCCAGAAAUGUAAACUGAGAUCAAAUAGAAAGAGUCAAUGUAGACUUGACCGCUUCUUGCACCUGAAUGCAUUAAAUAUUAAAAUAGAAUUUAAAUUUUCUUAGUUGAUAUUUCUAACUUUUAUUACA